CCCACAUGAGGUGACUAAAGGCUUAGUGUGAGCCUGAUUAAUUAGGCAGCAGGUGGGUGCAGGAUGUCAGUAGGGGUGAUCACCCAAACAAAUACAUGGACAUAGACCUGCUUCUGUACCAGUUCCAGAGAAGAUGGUGGCCGUUGUGCUCACCUUGUUCUCCUCAAGUCAAUAUGUUCAACUUAAUGAGCAACUGCUGCAACUGGGUCUCCAAAAUCCAGGAGCCAAUCAGGAAAGUGACCAUUCUUGUGGUUGGUCUUGACAAAGCAGGGAAAACCUCCUCGAUCAGAGGGAUGUUAAGAGUUCCUCCUGGUGUCGAUGCAGGGCCCACCCACAGCUGCAUUAAAAAUGAGCUGAGAGUUGAGAACUACCUCGUUACGCUGUUGGACGUCGGAGGAACUGCAGAGUCCCGGGGAGUUUGGAGGGAGCUCUAUGGAGAAGCACAUGGAAUAAUCUUUGUUGUAGACUCCAGCGACAGGCAGAGGAUGAAGGAGGCCAGGGAAGUUCUUGCAGACCUGCUGAACCAACCAAGGGUUGCAGGAAAACCCAUAUUAGUGUUGGCAAACAAACAGGAUAAGAUGAACUCGUUGCUGGGAAGUGAACUGAUUGAGAUUCUCUCUUUGGAAAAGCUGGUUAACCAGAGCCGAUCUCUGUGCCAUAUUGAGCCUUGUUCAGCCUUAAUGGACCUGCGACGCUGGUCGGACAGAAAGACUCUGAGAGGCCUUCGCUGGUUGCUGCGUGCUGUUUGUCUGGAUUAUCCGGAGCUGUGUGCACGGGUGGCCCAGGACAGCAAGAGUCCUCUGGAGCCAAGGGAGAGAGAAAAGAAAGGAAAAGCUGAAAAAGUCCAAAGAAAAACCAAAAUGGAAAGAAUGAGAUCCAGCAAGUCUGAUCUACGUCAGAUUCAUCGGCCUAAAGACAAGGAGAAAAGGAGCAAUGGCGAAGGAAAGCUGCAGCCCAUUCGGAACAUGCUGCAGAAGGAAACCACACUGAAAAAGAGGCUUAAGUCAAAGAAGAUUAAGAACAAGUCAGUUAAGGUCACAAAAGGUGUGAAAGAUGGCGAAGAAGCUCCUGAAGAGGAGGGUGAAGGAAAUGAAGGAGAGCAGGAAAAUUCUGGAAACAGAGACAAAGCCAGCAGUGCCCUGAUCCCUCCGAAAAAAAGGAAACUGAAACGCAAGACAAAGGUGAAAGAAGAGACACUGGAUGCACCGGAAUCGCUCGAAAACAACGAGACACCAACAAAAGCUAAAGGAGAAAGGAAGAAGAAGAAGAAGGUUGUGAAGGUAAAUAGAAAGAACAAGAUCAACACAGAGGGAAUGCCCGUGGCUUACUCUCAACCCGUGGACCUUUCUGCAACCUUUGAUCUUUACAGAAAAGCAAUCCUGGCUCUGAAGGAACGUCAGGAUCAGGCUCAAAGACAGUGAAGCCCGGUGGCUUCCAGCUAUCCGAACAGAGGCAACUUGUACCACACCAGUAGUACCAAGCACUCCUCAUCACCUGGAAAUAACUGCUAUUUCUAUAAGAGCAAAGAAAGUUGUAUUGACCUCCUGACCCCUCAGCCUUUGAGGGGAAACUUCAGUGUGCAGUGAAGGGAAGGCAAAAAAGAAACAUUGUUUUGUUCUCUGUAAAAAGAAAAGGGAAAUAAGGCAUUAUUGUGAGUACUUGGCCAAAAUGUUCAGUAGUAGUUUGUAAAAUACUGUGGGAUGAUUUUUAAUCUGUAUUUUCUAUAAUUAUUUGAGAAAUAUCCAAUAAGCUCAGAUCUUUGCAAAGAUUGGCAUGCCGGUGAUUAGAUUUGUGAUUAAGUAAUAAAAACAUUGUCUCUA